AUGGCCGCCGUCAUAUCGUCUGCCACUCCGGACGCCCCUCUGCAGUCCCGCAUAGUCGAUGACAAGUCCCCAAUAUGUAUACCUUUCAUACUGGAGCGCCUGUCCGUCUGGAAGAAGGCCCGGGAUGAGAAUGACAGACGGCCGUUCUUUAUUGGCCUGAAUGGCGUCCAGGGCGUCGGCAAGACGACCCUAGUCCGCGCCCUGGCCGAGGCGCUUCAACAGCGCGAGAUGCUCGAGACCAUCGUCGUUAGCAUCGACGACUUUUACCUUAAUCACCAGACUCAGCUCGCCCUUGCCGAAUCCCAGCCAGACAAUUCUUUGGUUCAGUAUCGUGGAGAGCCUGGCACGCACGACAUCGAGCUGAUGCAGUCAUUCUUCACCGCCGUCAUCAACUCUCAACCCACCAAGAUCCCCCAGUACGACAAGGCGACCUACUCCGGCCUCGGCGAUCGCGCGCCCGAGUCCACCUGGCCCAGCAUAAACGGCCCGGACCAGCGGCCCGUCCAGGUCGUCUUGGUAGAGGGCUGGUGCGUCGGAUUCCGCGCGCUCGAUCCCGAGGCCGUGGUCGCAAAGUGGCGUGACCCCGACACCCGGACGCUCAGGAACCACAGGACGGAGCACCUCCUCUUUGUCAACGAGAAGCUCCGGGCCUACGACGACGUGCUCACCAACCACUUUGAUGCAUUCGUGCACAUUGAUGCCCAGCAGCUCGAGUAUGUCUACGAUUGGAGACGGGAGCAAGAGGCGCAGCUGAGGAAGGAAAGGGGAACUGGCAUGUCUGACGAGCAGGUGGUCCGCUUUGUCGACGCUUACUAUCCCGCGUAUGAGCUGUACUCCGAUGGAGUGCGUGCGGGCGUGUUGCUACCGGAACGGCCAGGAUGUCAGUUGACUUUGAUCGUGGAUAGACAUCGUCGUGUCGUGGAGCACUUUGUUCUGUAA